GCCUGACAGUAAUACAGCGUAUAUAUGGUCGAUAAUUUCCAGCCCAGAGCACAUCUUCAGUUUGCGACAAUCUCAACGUGUUUGAGUUUAGACAUGCUCAAAUCCAUAUAAUCCUAAGUACACCAUCAUGUCUCGACGCGCAGUCUCGCCUGCAGCCUCAGAGAAUGAGGUUGACAUCUUAGGGUCGUUGUUCACCGAAGAGACUGGCAAUGCAAUUGGACGAUUCAAGUCGGGAGGUGCCAACCAUGCACUCGGAUUCGAUGCGGGAGACUUCCUUGAUGGCGACAGCGAUGGUGCCGACGGGGACGAGGCUUUCAUUGCCUUGAAACAGGCCGCUUCAUUCAGGAAAGGAGCAGCUAACCAGAAGGGCAAAACGGCCAAGAAAGGCGGUGGAUUUCAGGCUAUGGGAAUCAAUGCGAAUCUUCUUCGAGCUAUCACACGCAAGGGCUUCUCGGUCCCGACGCCCAUUCAGCGCAAAGCGAUACCUUUGAUAAUGGAGAGAAAGGAUGUUGUGGGCAUGGCGAGAACUGGGUCUGGAAAGACUGCUGCUUUCGUUAUUCCUAUGAUUGAGCGUCUCAGAGCUCACAGCGCCACCGUUGGAUCAAGGGCCCUGAUUAUGUCUCCUUCUCGAGAACUGGCUCUACAAACUUUGAAAGUCGUCAAGGAGUUCAGCCGAGGCACUGAUCUGAAAUGUGUCCUCCUGGUGGGUGGUGACAGUCUUGAAGAGCAGUUUGGCUUCAUGACAGCAAACCCGGAUAUUGUCAUUGCUACACCUGGACGAUUUUUGCAUCUCAAGGUCGAAAUGUCUCUCAACAUCUCCUCCAUCAAUUACGUUGUAUUCGACGAGGCAGACCGGCUGUUCGAAAUGGGGUUUGCUGCCCAACUUACCGAGAUUUUGCACGCGUUGCCGGCAUCGAGGCAGACGCUUCUAUUUUCUGCUACUCUGCCAGCUUCGUUGGUUGAAUUUGCUCGUGCCGGUUUACAGGACCCAAGCCUCGUACGACUUGAUGCCGAAACCAAGAUUUCUCCAGACCUCGAAAGUGCUUAUUUCACCGUCAAGGGAGCUGAGAAGGAGGGUGCGCUCCUCCACAUUCUACAUGACUUGAUCAAAAUGCCUGUCGGAUUACCCGAGGGCGUGGAACCAGAGUCAGACAGACAUUCCAAGAAGAGGAAGCGAGGGUCCGAUGCACCGAGGGUAAAGGAGAAGCCGACUGAACAUUCAACUAUUGUGUUCGCGGCGACCAAACAUCAUGUCGAGUACUUGGCAGCUUUACUUACUGAAGCUGGAUUUGCAGUCUCCUAUGUCUAUGGUUCGCUUGACCAGACGGCACGUAAGGAACAAGUAGACAACUUUCGACGUGGUCAAUCAAACAUUCUGGUGGUGACUGAUGUUGCCGCACGUGGUAUCGAUAUCCCUAUUUUGGCCAACGUCAUCAACUACGAUUUCCCACCGCAACCUAAAGUGUUCGUCCACAGAGUCGGCCGUACCGCCAGAGCCGGCCAACGAGGUUGGAGUUACAGCCUCGUGAGGGAGACGGAUGCACCAUAUCUAAUAGAUCUUCAACUCUUCCUGGGCAAGAAACUUGUUCUUGGUGAAGCAGGCGCAGGGUCGAACUACGCUGAGGACGUUGUAGUGGGUGCGCCCAUGAGGAGCAAAGUGGAAAACAACGUGGAAUGGUUGAAUAAACUGUUGGCCGACAGUGAGGAUAUGCACGCGUUACGUCGAGUUUCCGAAAAGGCCGAGAAGCUCUACAUGCGAACACGAAAUUCAGCUUCAGCACAGAGCGCGCGGCGAGCCAGAGAGGUCGUUUCUUCCGCGGAGUGGGUGCAGCUCCAUCCUCUGUUUGGUCAAGAUGUUGGCGAGGCCGAGAAUGCACGGGCUGCAAUGCUUGCCAAGAUCAGCGGCUAUAGGCCCCAAGAAACCAUUUUCGAAACGAGGAUGAUGCAAACGAAAGGAACUCGCAACGAGGCAGCAGAAGUCAUGCGAAAUCUGAGACAAAGGAUUACCCCUCGGAAUCAAGUAAAACAAGAAAAGGCGUCUGAUCAAGUUGAAGAGGACUCAUUGGCGUCAGAUAAUGAUGACGCAAAUCUCUUCGACGAGGAGGAUGAGGAUGAAAUUGUGACCGAUGACGAGGAGGUCAACAUAGAUGCAGGUUCUGACUCGGAUCUGGAAGUGACCAUCUCAAACAAUAACAAAACCGCGAAGAAAACGCCGUUGGCAUGGCAAGACUCGGAGGGCUUCAUGUCUUACACACCGCGAACCAUCAAUGCAGCGGAGGAGCGUGGCUACGGAGUCCACUCGGGUGGCAACUUCGUCGAACAUGCACGGAACGUCACAAUGGAUUUAGCCAACGACGAAGGAGCCAAGGGCUUUGGCCUUCCGACGAGAUCUAAGAUGCGUUGGGAUCAGAAGAGCCGCAAAUAUGUGUCUCGGGACAACGAUGACGACGGGUCUAAGGGUGCCAAGAUGAUCCGGGGAGAAUCGGGUGUGAAGAUCGCGGCGUCGUUCCAGAGCGGCCGCUUCGACAAGUGGAAGAAGGCGCAGCGACUGGGCAAGAUGCCGCGCAUCGGUGAAUCGGAGAAGAACAAUGGUCCAAAUGCGGGCAAUCUGCCGACCGGUGUCCGGUACAAGCACAACAUGGAGAAAGCACCUAAGGAGGCCGACAAGUUCCGUGACGAUUAUUACCAGAGGAAGAAGAGAGUUGACGAGGCCAAGGAGAAGAGGAUUGGCAGGUUCAAGGAUGGUGUGGGUAUUAAUAGGAACGAGCUUAAAGGCAUGGAUGAUAUGAGGAAGGAGAGGAAAUUGAAGGAAAGGAAGAAGGCGAAGAACGCCCGGCCUACAAAAAGGAGGUAAAGUUGAGUAUGACAAUCAAUUCAUUGAUAAUCGAUUGUUACGUGCAAGCCAUGUCCUAGUUCUGAGGGGCUGGAUAUC